AUGGCCUCGCUCCUCGACGCGACGCGGUCGCUCUGGUCCAGCGUGCUGAACGCGGGCGCCGCGCGCAAGCCGGCGAGCCCGCCCGCGGACCGGCCGUCGCGCCUCAAGUUCGCGGAGCCCUGCGCGACGACGCACGCCGUCGAGCCGGCGCCGCGCGAGCUGCGCGACGAGGUCUGGUGGACGGCGCGCGACUACGCGGAGAUCCGGCAGAAGCAGCGCGCGCUCGCGCUCGAGGCGCUGCGGCAGGCGCGCGCGGCGCCCGCGGGCACGACGCCGCCGCCGAUCCCCGGCGAGUCGCGGCGCGGCCUCGGCGUCUGCUGCGAGCCGGGCACGACGGCCGAGCGCGCGCGGCUCGUGCAGGAGGGCCGCGCCGAGGUCGUGCGCGCGCACCGCGGCGGCAUGGAGCCCGCGGCGCUCGCCGAGCUCUGCCGCGAGCUCUCGGCCUGGGCCGCCGUGAACGCGCGCGACGUGGCGAGCAAGGACGAGCUCGACGCCUCGACGAGGAGCGACGCGGGCCACGCCUCGGCCUCGGACCUGCUCGCCGUGGCGGCGCGGCCGCCGGCGCCGCUCUCGACGCCGCCGGCGCCGACGAAGCGCGGCGCCGACGACGAGCCCGCGGCCGCGUCGCCGGCGAAGCGGCCCGCGUCGCCGGCGACGGCGAGCGGCGGGUUCCUCGCGGGCGCGCCCCGCGACAACGCGCCGGCCGCGGGCAUCGGCAUCGCCGCCGAGCCGCCGCCGCCCGCGGGCGUGACGGCGCCGUGCCAGGCAGGCCUCGCGUCCAUGGUCCGAUCGGACUCGUUCGGCGACCUCCGCGCCGCCGGGUCAUAG